CGAAUUUCAAUUUGUCUACGAAGUCGGUUCUCUUAUAUGCGUUGGAAACAUAUGAAACAAGUUACGAGAAUAAUCCGAGAACUCUUUGAGAGGCCUCUAUCCUUCAAAUAAUUGUAAUUUGUAAGAAUGGAUAUUGCAGGUCAUGACAGGUAGCUACCUGAUUCAAGCCAUUGAUACAUACCAGGUAACGAAGAGGCACACUGCUUUUCCCAUGGGAUGUAUCUUAUCUUUAUUAGAGUUAAUUAAUUGUCAUCACCCAACGUCCUGGAUUAAGUAUACUAUUUUCGACGGUUUCUCUGAGGCAAUGUUACUGUUGGUUUUCUCCAAUAUGUCGCUACCAUUUAGCUUUUGGCCAUAUAAUAAUGAUAAUUUAAAAGCUUGAAAGUCUUCAUAUCAAGCGCCAGGACAGGGCUGGAUACCAAGCUUCUUAUAGUGACCUCUACCUCUAAUAUAAAUAAUCUCCAGGUCGGAUUCCUGAAAUAGGACCCGUAUUGGUCCUUAAAAGAAACAAUAGAGGCUAUUUGAUACCGGAUAGGCUGGUGACAGAGCACAGCUAGCGGUUGUAUGGGUUGUCUGUCCCGAGCGCUUUCUGCUGUGCGUGGUCCUCGACCUUGUGGACUUUAUCUAGCUGCUGGUCUUGUUUUGCCAUGCGCUGUUGUCUCUUGUCUCGUUCCUCCUUCAAAGCGGGACCCAGCACAUAGUAAGCUAAAUAAGAGGUUCAGUAUAAUCACACGUACAAUGCAGAGGAGCUAUGCCCGGUCCAUACCAUUCCAAGCUCCAAAGGCUGCGGCGAGACCUAUGGGAAGAGCGGUGCGAGUAAACGAACUCAUUCUCUACUGAGUGUAUGUGUAAAAAAUAUUUUUGGAGAUACGAAAGGUAGGAGGAGAUCCAAAGUGAUAAUUGGUAUAAUGAUAUGUAGCUUGAUCUUGAGGGAAUACUAACAAGGUACCUACCUCUUUUGUAAAAGAAAAAGGAAUUAAGUUUGGUUAGCGCAUAGUUAUAC